CUCGUCGCUCGCCCUCAGUCCAGUCCGGCCGAGUUCGUGUUGUGUGUCGUUUUGCUUCUCAGUAAGAAAGUGAGGACUAAGAAAGAUGAAAAUAUGUUCUCAGGCUCAGCCGUUUAGCAUUCAGCGUGCCAACGUCGGACAUUCAGCAACACAAUGGACGUGUUCACGUUGUGACUGACAAAAGGCAGACAUUCCACGUAGUUCGGAUAUCUGCGAGAAGUGUUCCAUUAUUGUUAUAUGAACGACGCUGUGUUGAACUUCUUCAGUGUUAUCAGUUAUUUGUCAUGAAGAUUAAAGGAUUCUGUGAACUAGCUAGAUCAUGCCAUUUGCGAUUUAUUGUUCUUUUCUUAUCACUGAAGUAGCUUGGAACAGGACCAAAUGAAACAAUAAAUACUUCAGAUGUGUGUUGGAGGUGGCAGGAGCGGAGUGGUUUGUUGUAGUUUACGAACAAACUGCCUUAAAGGAAAGCAGAGCGUUUUUCGGCGUUCCACCAUCGCACGGUGUUCAGUGGUCGUAGUGUGAUGUGUUGUGUCCUUCGCCGUGUUUUGUUUUGUUGACUCUAGUAACAAAUACACAAGAAAACAAACAGAGGAAAGUGGUCCUGUGACCAUAUCGACGGGCUAGUUGUGCGGGAUCAAUUGCAGAGCGUUGUACUGGUAAGGAGGCCUGAGUACAACCACGAGCGCCAGCAUGGGGUCGUUUUUCCGGAGCGAGAAGAUGUUUCUGUGCCAGCUGUUCAUUCAGCCGGAAGCCGCGUACUCCUCAGUGGCGGAGCUGGGGGAGGCCGGAAGCGUGCAGUUCAGGGACUUGAAUGCAGAUGUAAAUGCGUUUCAGCGCAAAUUUGUGAACGAAGUCCGACGUUGCGACGAGCUCGAACGGAAACUUCGUUACGUCGAAGCAGAAAUCAACAAGGAAAAUUUACACAUUCCUGAAAUUGAAGAUCUGCCCAAUGCUCCGAACCCAAGGGAGAUCACAGAUCUCGAGACCAGCUUAGAGAAGACAGAAAAUGAGAUCCUGGAGUUGAGUCAAAAUGCUGUGAACCUCAAGUCAAAUUUUCUGGAGUUGACAGAACUGAAAUAUGUACUCGAGAAGACAGAAGUGUUUUUCACUGAGCAGGAAGGCAUCAACGGCACAGACUCCCUCACUCGUGCGCUUAUCACCGAGGACUCGAGCGCACAGGCCACUAACAUCCGCGGACGCCUCGGGUUCGUGGCCGGCGUCGUGCCGAGGGAGAGGGUGCCGGCUUUCGAACGGAUGCUGUGGAGGAUCUCUCGUGGUAACGUGUUCCUCAGGCAGGCCGAACUAGACCAACCAUUGGAAGAUCCUUCUACGGGUAAUCAGAUCUACAAGACUGUAUUUGCAGCAUUCUUCCAAGGCGAACAGCUGAAAUCUCGCGUAAAGAAGGUGUGUACUGGUUUUCAUGCGUCGCUCUACCCCUGUCCCAGUGCCACUACUGAGAGGGAGGAGAUGGUAAAAGGUGUUCGGACAAGACUCGAGGAUCUGAAUAUGGUUCUAAAUCAAACACAAGAUCAUCGUCAUCGCGUGCUGGUUAGCGUCGCCAAGGAGCUUCAGAAUUGCAUGGUCAUGGUGCGUAAAAUGAAGGCCAUCUACCACACGCUGAACAUGUUCAACUUGGAUGUCACCAAAAAGUGCCUCAUUGCCGAGUGCUGGGUCCCAGUUAGAGAUCUGGCUGGCGUGAGGAAGGCCCUUGCAGAAGGGGGGAGAGCUAGUGGCAGUUCAAUUCCUUCAUUCCUGAAUGUUAUCGAGACUUCAGAAGGAUCGCCCACAUUCAAUCGCACCAAUAAAUUUACGCGGGGUUUUCAGAAUCUUAUCGACUCAUAUGGCGUCUCUAGCUAUAGGGAGGUUAACCCAGCGCUGUACACUAUCAUCACUUUUCCGUUCCUGUUUGCCAUUAUGUUUGGUGAUGCAGGUCAUGGUCUCAUCUUGACAGCGUUUGGACUGUACAUGGUGAUAGAAGAAAAGAAAUUAAUGAAGCAGAAGUCAGAUAGUGAGAUCUGGAACAUCUUUUUUGCUGGCCGCUACAUCAUCCUGUUGAUGGGCAUCUUCUCAGUCUACACUGGAUUUAUUUACAAUGAUAUAUUCUCUAGAUCAUUAAAUAUAUUUGGCUCCAGUUGGACGAUAGAUGGAUAUAACAUUUCAGAUAUUCAAGGAAAUGCAGAACUGACUCUGAGUCCGUAUACAAAUUUCGCCAAAUUUGACGCAUCGCCGUAUCCUGUGGGACUGGAUCCUGUUUGGCAGGCGGCUACUAACAAGAUUAUCUUCUUAAAUUCGUACAAGAUGAAGCUGUCGAUAAUAUUUGGCGUGGCUCACAUGAUCUUUGGGGUGUGCCUUAGUGUGGUUAAUCAUAUACAUUUCAAAAAGUCGAUCAAUAUUAUUCUGGAAUUCGUACCACAAAUAUUGUUCCUGCUGCUGCUGUUUGCGUACAUGGUGGCCAUGAUGUUCAUAAAAUGGGUCAUCUACUACCCACAGGAAACCGUGGACUGCAAUAACGAAACGGUGACGUGCACUCAGGAUGUCCUGGACGUCAUCAGAUAUGGGCCGUCGUGUGCUCCUUCAGUUCUCAUCCUUUUCAUCAACAUGAUGCUCUUCAAGAGCUCUCCUCCUACAGGAAUAGGCUGUCAAGAGUUUAUGUUUGAUGGUCAAGACGUAAUACAAACUGCGUUUGUUGUUGUUGCUGUGUUGUGCAUUCCGGUACUUCUUCUCGCCAAGCCUCUAUACCUCCUCUGUUGUGGACGUAGCAAAAAAUCUGAACACACGUCGGAGAAUGGCGAUGUUAAUCAGGGCCUGGAACUAACUCCUGAAAUGGUUGACACCCCGAGUCCCUCACCUGCUCACGCUGAACACAACGAGGGGGACAAUGCAGUGGGAGAGAUUUUCAUCCUUCAAGGAAUUCACACCAUUGAAUAUAUUCUGAGCACGAUAUCUCACACGGCAUCGUACUUGCGGCUGUGGGCCCUUUCACUAGCACAUGCACAGUUAUCAGAAGUGUUAUGGACCAUGGUCUUGAGCAUCGGACUCACUGGAUCCGCAGACGGCGAUGCUCAGUCUUAUGUGGUGGGCAGUAUUCUUCUGUAUGUUUUGUUUGCUGCGUGGGCAGGGCUUACAUUGGCAAUCUUGGUCAUGAUGGAGGGUUUGUCUGCCUUCCUUCACACGCUUCGACUGCAUUGGGUCGAGUUCAUGAGCAAGUUUUAUGAAGGGGCAGGAUACGUCUUUCAGCCAUUCUCAUUCAAGAUUAUUCUUGAAGGUGAAGAUGUGGUUGAGGAUUAGAUGAACCUGCGGAACCUGGGCGGCCGAAGGUAACCAGAUAGCCGGCAGGCGACAGUCAAGAAUUUAUCACCGGGUUAGGUUUGAUACUGUGAGCGCAGAAAGCUGAUACUCAUAGUUGUACUUCGAUCGUCCUACAAAACAUUUGUUUUGUUAUAUCUUGGUUCUGUUCUUCGUUAGUAAUUUCUAUCACAAACAUUUUAACGUCAUGUAACUAAGUCAAGGAGCUGUAGAGCGUAAAUGAAGAAGUCAUUUUUUGUGUCGUGGAUCAUGGACUGGGUGGAAAAAUUAAAUUUCUGUCUUUACAGUUUCACACA